UUGGAAGAGCUGACGGAUGGCUGUCGUGUGUGUAAUUUUGUGAAUUUGGAUUACAAUUUAUAUUAUUUAUCGUGCGAUAUAAAUAUAAAGAUUUCAAGAUGAAGGUGAAAGAGUUGUUAAAAACUGUGAAUGUGGCUUGGUCUCCACAAGCCCAGCAUCCGAUUUUACUUGCAGCAGGAACUGCAGCACAGCAGCUGGAUGCGAGUUUCAAUACUUCCGCUUGUUUAGAUUUGUAUGCACUUAAUCUCCAACAGCCGGGUUAUGAGAUGGAACACAAAGUCAGCGUGCCUAGUGAUCACAGAUUUCACAAAGUAAUUUGGGGAUCCUACGGUAAUGAUUUGGCGGGUGUGAUUGUCGGCGGGUGUGACUAUGGAACGAUAAAAAUAUAUUCUGCGGCGAAAUUACUCGCGAAUGAGGGUAGUAACGCUUUGCUGAGCAGUCCUGACCGACACACGGGGCCAGUUCGAGCGAUGGAUUUCAAUCCCUUUCAGUCGAAUCUCCUCGCAACGGGCGCUGCCGACAGUGAAAUUUAUAUCUGGGAUGUGAACAACACGAACACUCCAAUGGCUCCUGGAACUCGCAGUCAGCCGGCAGAAGAUGUGCAGUACAUCGCUUGGAACAAGCAAGUUCAGCAUAUUCUUGCUUCGACAUUUUCACAGCGCUGCGUCAUCUGGGAUCUGAGAAAAAACGAGGCGAUCAUCAAACUGACGGGUGCUAAUUCAAAGGUUCGAUGGAAAUCAGUUCAGUGGCAUCCGGAUGUCGCGACACAACUCUGUCUCGCUUCCGAAGAUGACCAGGCCCCGGUAAUUGAAUUAUGGGACUUGAGGUUCGCCACCUCGCCUUUAAAAUCACUUCAGAGUCAUCAGCGAGGAGUUCUUUCAAUCGCCUGGAAUACCCAAGAUCCCGACCUUCUGCUCAGUUGCGCAAAAGAUAACAGAAUACUCUGUUGGAAUCCAAACUCUGACGCUCCUAAUGGAGAAGUCAUUUGCGAACUCGCGCAGACUAAUCAGUGGAACUUUGACGUUUCCUGGUGUCCUAGACAUCCGGGUUUAAUCGUCGGAACCAGUUUCGACGGCCACGCUGUUGUUUAUUCCCUUCUCGGUGGCCGCAACCAAGAAUCGAACGAAACUUCGAACAAAAUUGUUGAUUCUUUCCCAGGAAUGGAUCCUUUCACUCAAGCGCCACCUGCCGCUGAAAUGGAAGCAGCCGCUAUUUUGAAAAAGGCUCCAAAGUGGUUGAAACGACCAUUCGGCGCAUCCUUCGGGUUUGGAGGAAAGCUCACGAUAUUCGAGAACGAACCAACGGAUCCGAAUAUGCCACCGAAUUCAAACAGAAAAGUUUUCGUAUCGCAAGUAAUUACGAAUCCAGAACUGGUAAAACGAUCGAAUGACUUGGAGGCGGCCCUGAAAACUGGGCAGUAUGCCGAUUUCUGCAACGGAAAGGCAAACCUGGCAAAUGAUGAGCAUAAUAAAAAAAUCUGGAAUUGCAUUGGUGCUUAUUUCAGUGGUAAUGUGACGAGCGGACUGCUGGAUUUAUUAGGAUAUAAUCUGGAAGCGAUGAGCAAUAAAUUAAAUCAACUCGUUCCUCCGCAAGAAAUCGAUAAUAUUACGGAUGGUAUUGCCAAUUUAGAUAAUGUACUCAACGGAAAUACUUUAGACGGCAGCGCAGCUUUUGAUGCGAUCGCACAGCACGAGAUAAAUAAGAAACCUUCUCCUAAAAAAACUCCAGAGACUUGUUUCAAAAUCAACACUUCAGACGAUGAAGAUGGACUCAUCACACAGGCAAUUCUUCUGGGAAACAUCGAAGCAGCCGUUUCGCUUUGCUUCACAAAUAAAAGAUACGCCGAUGCCGUGAUUCUCUCGAUGGCUGGCGGUCCAGAUUUGCUAGCUCAGACCCAAUACCGAUAUUUUAUGGCACACUCUGGUGCCCUAAAUUCCCUAAUUAAUUCUCUUGUGUCGGAAAAUUGGACUGACAUUGUCAAAAACUCUGACAUUUCUUGCUGGAAAGAAGCUUUAGUCGGAAUUUUCACGCAUACGGCGCCAGGCGAGCGAGCACUUCUUUGUGACAUGCUCGGAGAUCGUUUAGCCUCGAGUGAAAAUGCAGAGUUCCGAAAAGAGGCAGAGAUCUGUUACAUCUGUUCCGGGAAUCUGAACAAAGUGAUCGAAUCAUCGGACGCGACGGUUCAGGAAAAAGCCGAAUUAGUGACAAUAAUGCAGAAGGCCCUGGAGCUUCAGGGAAGCCGCGAAGUUCGCAUCGAGGGAGAAAUCGCGACAAUUUUGUCCCAGUACGCCGAGAUGCUGGCUUCCGAAGGUAAUUUUGAGUCCGCUCUGAAUUACCUUGGCAACAGUCAGGAGCCGAGGAUCGCAAUGUUGCGAGAUCGACUGCACCGAGCCUUGGGACACAUUCAAGAUCCGCAACGUGCCGCGCCCAGGACUUCGCUCGGUCAGAAUUAUUACGCCCAGCCGCGAAAGUCUUUGCAAUCAGCUCCGAACGUUUACAAUCCGAUUCAGCCAGCAGCUCCUCCUCCCGCCAACAAUUGGAACACAGCACCCUUGAAGCAGCCUUACCCGAGUGCCACCAAUCACUUUGGAUCAGCGCAACUUCCAAAUCUAGGAUCCGGACAAGCGCCUCCUCUCCCCAAUCAAACUACCGAACACUUCUCGAAUCAGACGUCAGCUUAUGGUCAAAUUCCGGCUCCACAGGCACCGCCACCUCCACCAACGAUGGCCUCCAGUGUCAGUGGAUCGAGACCUUCGAGUGUUGGACCUCAAUCAAGAUCGAAGUAUAUUAUCGAUCCGUCAGUGAAGUCUGGACCCACCUAUGGAGGAAUCACUAAUUAUGCGCAACAGCCGCAGGUCUUUGGAGCCCAGAAUCCGGUUCCGGGUUUCGCGGUUCAGAAUAGCUUCCAGCCUCAAGCGCCUCUGAAUCCUCUGAAUAAUCCGGCCUAUCCGAGUCAGCAGAAUCAGAUGUUCACUCCGGAUCCGGUUCCUGGAGGACUGAUGGGUUCUAAUCAGCAACAGCAGAUGUUUGAUCCAAGCAGAUCGCAAACGGUGAAUCAGAAUCAGGGGUAUGAUGCACUUUAUCAGCCGGCGCCACAACCUUCUGGAUGGAAUGAUCCGCCGAUCAGUAGCAAAGCUUCGAGAAUGCAGCCAAAGUCAGAAUUUCCAUUACAAGAUCCUAUUCUUCAUCCAUUGAGAGGUGCUGUUCCACAACAAGAACCCAACGUAAUGGAGCAAGAAGGUUUCUACCAAAAUUCUCAAAUGCCUUAUAAUCAACAAUACAACAACCAGAAUGUUGUCAAUCCUGGGGCUCCUUACAACAGGAAUAUUGAGCCUCAUCAACCCAUGCAACCUAUGCAAACAAUGCAACCCAUGCAACCUAUGCAGCCAAUGCAACCUAUGCAACCCGCGCAACCUGCGCCAUCGGCGAGAAUUGCCGAACCAGAAAAACCAAAAGCACCGAUUCCAGAAGAGCAUCUUCAUUUAAAAACGGUUUUGGAUGAACUGCAAGCCCACUGCUAUGAAAAUGCAAAGAAUCCACAAACCAAACGGAAAAUAGAAGACGUCUCCAGAAAACUCGAAUCGCUCUACGAUUGUCUUCGAGAAAACAAACUUACCCAAAGUACGCUUCAAGGUCUGCAUCAAAUAUCGCAGCUUAUUCAAAGCGGAGAGUAUACCGGGGGAUUGGCAUUACAUACUCAGCUGGUUUCGGGACCAGAUUUUAGUCAAAUCGCUUCAUUCAUGCCCGGUAUAAAAGUUCUCCUUCAAAGCGCUCUUCAAUUGGGCGUCUAUAUCAGAUAAAAGGCGACAAAAAGUCCGCCAAACUCUGCGUUUUCCCUUAUUUUUCUAUGAUCGCGAGCUUUUAAAAUUGAGAAAAGCUUUUUUUUAGAAUCGUGUAAAAGUAAUUGUACAAAGUAAAAUAUCAAUAUCAUGUAA